AUGUCACGAGCUGCCGCAGAGUGCGGAGCGCAGAGGCGGGCCUCUGUCUCCGCCCCUAGCCCGUCUCUCCUGGAGACGGCGGCUGGGCCAGGGAAACCUGCGCUCCCGGUGGGCGGGGCGUCGUGCGCGUCGCCGUUCGCACCGCCCCUCCGCCGCGACGCCGGGAAGAAGGGGGCGGGGCCACGCCAGCGUCCGCGCCAUCAGAGCCGGGCUAGCGGAGAGGUCCUUUCUCGGUGCACGGUCUCGCCCGCACCGCGGUCCCGCUUGGUGCCGGCCAUGGAGGGCGUGCGCUGGGCGUUUUCGUGCGGCACCUGGCUGCCGAGCCGCGCCGAGUGGCUGCUGGCCGUGCGGUCGAUCCAGCCCGAGGAGAAGGAGCGCAUCGGCCAGUUCGUCUUUGCCCGGGACGCUAAGGCGGCCAUGGCUGGUCGUCUGAUGAUAAGGAAAUUAGUUGCAGAGAAAUUGAAUAUUCCUUGGAAUAAUAUUCGUUUGCAAAGAACUGCAAAGGGAAAACCAGUUCUUGCAAAAGACUCCUUGAAUCCCUACCCCAACUUCAACUUUAAUGUCUCUCAUCAAGGGGACUAUGCGGUGCUCGCUGCUGAACCUGAGCUACAAGUUGGAAUCGAUGUAAUGAAGACCAGUUUUCCAGGUCGUGGUUCAAUUCCAGAAUUCUUUCAUAUUAUGAAAAGAAAGUUCACCAACAAAGAAUGGGAAACGAUCAGAAGCUUUAAGGAUGAAUGGACUCAACUUGACAUGUUUUACAGGAACUGGGCACUUAAAGAAAGCUUCAUAAAGGCCAUUGGUGUUGGACUAGGCUUUGAAUUGCAGCGGCUUGAAUUCGAUAUAUCCCCAUUAAAUCUGGAUAUUGGCCAAGUUUAUAAGGAAACACGUUUGUUCCUGGAUGGGGAAGAAGAAAAAGAAUGGGCAUUUGAAGAAAGCAAAAUAGAUGAACACCAUUUUGUUGCCGUGGCUCUUAGGAAACCGGAUGGAUCCAGACAUCAGGAUGUUCCAUCUCAGGAUGAUUCUAAACCAACUCAGAGGCAGUUCACUAUUCUCACCUUUAAUGAUUUAAUAUCAUCUGCUGUUCCUAUGACCCCUGAAGAUCCUUCAUUUUGGGACUGUUUUUGCUUCACAGAAGAAAUUCCAAUACGAAAUGACUUGCAUCUGACCAGCAGUGAGGGCCGGGUCUCCUCUCACAUCUCAUUUCUGUCUGUGAAGAGGACUCCCCCAAGCCCCGCGUCUCCCCUCAGUUCCUGCUGACUCAGGUCCUGAGAAAGCUGUUCUCCAGCAGUAUCUGCCUCUGUGGGAAGUGGACUCUGGGUAAGGAGGAGACCGAGGCGCGGUAGGGGGUAUGGCCGGGGCGGGGGUUGGGGGGUGUCCAUCCCAUUGCCUGAGGCCUAAGUGGGGUGCGCCAUGGUGCACAGAUUGCUUGCCCCGGGUUGGGUGUUCUGAUUGCAGUUUUUACGAUGGGCAUUGGUGCAGUGGUUGUCCUUGCAACCGUGUUAUGAGGUGUACGUGCUUAUUUCUGUCCUUAAGAAAAAUUCUGCAAGUUGGUUCCCAAGGCUUGGGCGCUCUUAGAGCUUUGAUAAAUAAAGGCCCUGUGAUUUCCAUGUCCAUAGUAUCAGGUGUGUGACCAGCCUUCACCCCCAGCUACGUUUUCCCUGCUCAGCUAUAGAUAGGAGCCCUUUUUUAAUUUAAUCUUUGCCAAUAUAAGUGGAAAAUGGUAUCUUAUUUUUUGAUUUGUAUUUCUUUAAUCAUAAAUGAGAUUGAUACAUCAGUGUUGUUAUUGGCUGUUUUUAUUCCUUUUUUAUGAGCCAUUUGUUCAUUGUCUUUGCGUCUUUUAAAAUCUAGCAAAUAGAAUUUGUGGAAACAAUAUGUAAGAUGCCAAGACCGUCCUGUCGAUGACAGACUCUUUUCUGGCCGUAGUGCAUGUCUUGGGGAGUGCAAGUCUUGUUACUGUUAAAUAUCAAUAAGUGAAAUGACAUCAUUGUUUGUUACUAAAAUUAAAAAUUGUGUGUAAAUUGUAUAAAAUUAGGUACUUUGCUCAGUAAAAAAAAAAAAAAAAAAAAAAGGAAUGUUUUGUAAUUUUUUUAAAAUUUUAUUAAGCAUGCCCAAAUAUCCCAAGCUUAGUAAAUAAGUGUUUUUAAAAGACCACAUAGCCUCUGGAGUGGGAAACAGUGUUGUCCCUAGCAUGAAUGUAAUGGUGAAGUGAAAACCUGUCAUCUGUCUUGUCAUGACAAUAAAGCAGUUACCUUUCCUGAA